GCGGGUGGGCGGCAGGCGGCGCCUGCGCAGUGCCGGCGAGCGGCUGAGGGGCGAAGGUUGGCGUCGAUGGCGGCGGCCGGGUCCGGGUCCGGGUCGGGCGCGAGGAAGCCCGGCUCCCCGCGGGACGCCGAGUCGGAGGUCUGGUCGCGCCGCGUGAGGGAGCUGGUCGGCGCCGAGCCCGCCAACCGGCUGUGCUUCGAGUGCGGCCAGCGCGGCGUCACCUACGUCGACAUCACCAUCGGCAGCUUCGUCUGCACCGGCUGCUCCGGGGCGCUCCGUGGCCUGAACCCCCCUCACCGGGUCAAAUCGAUCUCCAUGACAACCUUCACAGAGAGUGAGGUACAGUUCCUCCAAUCCCGUGGGAACCAGGCCUGUCGAAAGAUCUGGUUGGGCUCUUUUGACUCGCGGACGUCUCUGCUUCCGGAUUCCCAGGAUCCUCAGAAGGUGAAGGAGUUUCUUCAGGAGAAAUAUGAGAAGAAGCGAUGGUACAUCAUGCCAGAGCAAGGCAAAGGCGUGGCUUCAUUGGCUACCCAGGGCUCCACUGCAGAGGUCAAGACACUGCUGGGAGAUUCAGGGCCGUUGGUGACAGCGGCCAAGCCUGCCCAGGUUGUGGUCAAGGCCCAGCCGCAAGGCCCACAGCCAGCCAAGAAAGCCAGCAUGGACCUCCUUGCUGACAUUGGGGGAGACCCCUUUGCGGCUCCUCAGUCUGGACCAGCCUUUUCCGCCUUCCCUGCCUUUGGGGGCCAGGGGCCAACCCACACCACUUUUGCCAGUUUUGAUGCCUUUGGCAGAAGUCCCGCAGCAUCAGCAUUUGGGGACCCGUUGCCCUCCAGCCACAGCCCUUUCCAGAGCCAGCCGAUUGUAGCAGGAGGCACCCACAUGGGCGGAUUUCCUGCUUCCCCAGCUGGCCAGUCAGGAGUGAGCAUAUCAGAAAUGGGUGGAGCAUUCACAGUGGGAGGAGUCCCAAGCAGUGUCUUUGGUCCCCAGAGCCAGCCGCCUCUUUUGCCCCCACCCAGUGCAGCCGCUGCUUUUGGGGCCUCCACCAAUCCCUUCGCGACGUCUGCUGUUGCCCAGCCCACAUUGCCUUCAACGAACCCUUUCCAAACGAACGGCUUGGCCCCAGGUACCUUUGUGGUGGGCACCCCCAGCAGCUUCUCUGCCUCCCCUCUCUCUGGUGUCUUGGCUUCUCCCUUGCAGCAGCAGCAGCAUCAGUUCCAUCCACAAGCUUUGCUGGGGCAACAGCAAAAUGGGGGGUCCCCUUUCAGUGGAUUUCCUGUAACCAAAGCUGGACAGAGGCCCCUCGGACAGCCAGUUGGCAUUUCAACCAACCCAUUUGUGGCGCCGAUGGCCACAGCGCCGCCCGUCCCCUUUGCUGUGGGGAAAUACCCUCCCACCAAUCCGUUCUUAUAGCACUGGCGGCAGCAGAUGCUGGAGGACUGCCCCCUCCUUUCGCCUCUCUCUCUGUCGGAGCGCCUCCUGCCACGCAGGCACUUUUCUCUUGUCUGUCGCUGCCUCUGCCUGGACGGGGAUGGGAGUGAAGAGCUUUCACUGUUGGCUGCUUAAGAGAGGGCCUGGCUCAGAGCAGUGCAUGAUGGGAUUUGUAAUGGAGCUGGGGGCUUGCUGGAAAUCCAGCAGCAAUGCAUGCUGGGAGAAAGAUGGCAGAGAGGGCAGUGAUGGCUCAAACGAGCACUUUGAGAGAGGCUGGAGAAGCUCCCCUCCCCCUGCAGUGCAUGCUGGGAUGUAAGGGCAAGGUGAGGCCGUCGGCAUGUGGCAGCCCGUGCCGAGAGAAGGGGACUCCCUGGGGACUCUCUGUCGCUCCAGCCUCCGAGCUUCCUCUUCAGCCACCCCUUUCCAGUCUCCCAGCAGCCCUUGCUGUUGGCACUACUGGAUUGCUGAGGGACACGGUUCACUGUGGCUGCUGCUUGGCCUCCUGCCUGGGCCCCUCUGAGUGAGCUCCACUGCGUGGGUCUUUAGCCAGAGGUUGGGAGAAUAAGCCCCACAGAACUUGCCGUGGGAGGUGGGCUUCUUGCUUUGAUCUGUCCACCCCCUCCGCUCCUUUUUCUCACUCGUAAAUUGCACUAACUGAAAGGCACCGAGCAGUCGAGUGUUCACCGGAAUUUCCGCAGCACCCCUGCAUGCACGCAAGCCAGGGAAGGGAGCAAUCACGUCCUGAGGGCAGCCCGGCCCACGCCCGAGUCUGCAUGGCUUCUGAAGCAGGGCUCACCAGUCCCCAUCGCAGCCACUUCAAGCCUAGCUUCUGACCACAAGCCCUGCCUUGUGCUCUGUUGCGAUGGCCCUGGGCUCAGGCACACCAGAGAGGGUGCCGUGGGCAUGCCUUCGGAUAAAUGUGCCCUGCCUACCUCCUGCUUCUGGGCAAAGCUCUCAAGUGUGCAAAGCUGGAUGCUGCUGCAGGGGGCUCUGCCCCCCCACCCCGGCCUGUCCUCGUCCUGCUCAAUUUCCCCCCCUGCCCUGUGGCCUGGCAUACACACUGCACCAGUUACAAGAAGAGGAUUCAUUCCCUAUAUGAAAGCCCUCUUAGAAAAGCCCCAGACUGGCUUGAAGGGGGAAAGGGUGAGGGGCUGUUUCCCUCCCUCCUUCCUCUAAGGGUUCCACCCCCCUGAGAAUUGCCAGCGCUCCUCCGCCUCUACCUCCUGCAGCCACUCCCAGUUUCCCAGUUCUCAGCUCAGAGAGAACAAGAGAACCCCCCUGGGGGCAUCUUCGGCCACACCCUUCUCAAACAGUGCCUCUUGGAUCCAGGUUCCAGAAGCUGAGUUUAUAGUGCUUAGUGCAAAAGCUGCCUUCUGUGAUUUCAGGAAAUCUGAUCAGACUUCAAUUUUGUGAACUUAAUUUCUACUUGAGAGUAGGAACUUUUUCAGCAGAAGUGGGUGGAAAUGUUAGGCGUUUGGAGCAGAAAAUUGGGGCUUUCCUAAGAAAAUUGUUUUAAAAAUUUUGUUUGCUUGGUUUAAUUUGCCGCACCUCCCCUUUGUUGUGUUUUCAUGGUGUGAUUUCAGGACUCCUGCCUGUCCUGGCUCCACACCUAGGCUGGGGCAGUUUUUUUUGGGGGUAACCUCCCCAGAAAGAGGGAGGAUGUUCCACAUUCAAGACUGGAAUUUCUAUUUUCAAAAAGAAAAGUGUGGAUUACGUUUUUAAAGAUAUAUAUGUAAAUCUAUAUACUCAAACUAUAUAUAUACACACGCACACAAUGUUGCACUCAAAAUGUCUGGAAAAAUCUAUAUGAAAAUCUCUAAAAAUCA